UCCUCUCCAGUAACCCUCUCCCAGUCCUCCCAGUAACCCUCUCCCAGUCCUCUCCCAGUCCUCCCAGUAACCCUCUCCCAGUCCUCUCCCAGCAACCCUCUCCCAGUCCUCUCCCAGUAACCCUCUCCCAGUCCUCCCAUCCUCCCAGUAACCCUCUCCCAGUAACCCUCUCCCAGUCCUCUCCCAGUAACCCUCUCCCAGUAACCCUCUCCCAGUCCUCUCCCAGUCCUCCCAGUAACCCUCUCCCAUCCUCUCCCAGCCCCCCCAGUAACCCUCUCCCAGAACCCUCUCCCAGUCCUCUCCCAGUAACCCUCUCCCAGUCCUCUCCCAGUAACCCUCUCCCAGUAACCCUCUCCCAGUCCUCUCCCAGUCCUCUCCCAGUAACCCUCUCCCAGUCCUCUCCCAGUCCUCUCCCAGUCCUCUCCCAGUACCUGUAUGGGUUUGAGGAGUACUGCCGCUCGGCCUCCAUCAGUUUCAGAACCAUCCAUCACAACAACCCCCGUCACCCCCCCUCACCGGCCAAUCAGAAGCCAGCGGGGCCCAAGCCUAAAGCGUCUCCCAAGGAGGAGGCAGGGCCUGAGGAGGAAGGGGAGGAGUCGGAGGAGGAAGUGAAGGAGAUGUCCCCCCGGGGGAGGAGGAGCCAUCUGAAGCCAGAGAAAGGCUUUCCCUUCAGACCAGGUCCAGGAUCAGGUCCAGGAUCAGGUGGUCCAAGAUCAGGACCAGGAUCAGGUCCAAGAUCAGGUAGUCCAGGAUCAGGUGGUCCAGGAACAGGUCCAAGAUCAGGACCAGGAUCAGGUCCAAGAUCAGGUCCAGGAUCAGGUGGUCCAGGAUCAGGAGAAGGAGAAGGACCAGGGUCAGGACCAGGGUCAGAGUACAGUGAGGAGCUGAGGGAGCUGAGGAGGCGCAGCAACCGGAGGACGGACGACUCUGAGGACGAAGACGAUGAAGAAGAUGAUGAAGAGGAGGAGGAUGAGGAGAGGAGGAGAGAAGGGGCAGAGGAAGAGGACGGAGACUCGGUGAUGGGGACGAAGGUGAGGGUGAAGUACGGCAGAGGAAAGACUCAGAAGAUCUACGAGGCGCACAUCAAGAAGACGGACAACGACAACGGGGAGCAGUUCUUCCUCGUGCACUACUUCGGCUGGAACGUCAGGUACGAUGAGUGGGUGAAGGCGGACCGGAUCAUCUGGCCGGUGGAGAAAGGCACAAAGAAGAGGAGGAGAAAGAAGGUGAAGAACAAAGAGGAUGCAGAGCGAGAGGAGCCCCCCUCCCUGCCUCCAGAUCUGAAGCCUCCUGGGGGGAGGAGGGGCCGUCCUCAGACCAGGACCCCCCCCACAGCAGGACGCAGCGUCUCAGACACUCCCAGCAGCGAGGGGCGGACCAAUGGGAGGAUGGAGGAGACGCCCUCCAGCCUCAAUGGAGACA